AUGUCAAAAAAUUCGAUCAGAUCUAAUCGAAGGGAUUCUAAAAACCAAUCAAAACAAAGCAAUAUUUCGACAAAAGUAAAAAGCGAUGAAACUUGUAACAGCGAGACUAACGGCGAAAAAUCGUUUGGUGGGAGAGAAGAGUUGACUUCGAUAUUUUUUAAUUUUAUGUUGGAGACAAUUGUUGAAAGCCGAGAAGCGCAGUUGGUCAGUAGUUCGGUGAGCGACUUGCCUCAGAAUCUGGAAAAGGUUAUUUACAAGGAUGUUACCGAAGACGACUUUACAAAAUCAGAAGUUAUGGGAACACUGGAAUCCAAUGUUCUGUUAAAAUUAAAACACCCCCAAGAUUUCAGAGAGUCAGACAGCAAAGCUAACAGAAUGGAAUUGUCCGGUGCAUCUGAGUCGAGACUAAUUACAUAUGUAGAAUCGAAUUCGAAAAACUCAGCGCAACAAACUCAAGAUAUUUUAAUUGAAAUGGAGUCAAUUAUUUUUCUUAACGGAAAUCAAUAUUUGGGAGAAGUUAGUGAAGGUAUUAUGCAUGGAAAAGGUACAUUUUAUUGGACGGACGGAACAAUCUAUGAAGGAACAUUCAACGAGGGGUUUCCCACGGGAAUAGGCAAAAUGAUAUUGCCUGAUUUGGCGACAUACAACGGAGAGUUCUUUAAAGGGGAGUUUCACGGCGGUGGGACUUUAAAUGUUAUCAACACCAGUAUGAUUUACUCUGGAAAUUGGAAUGAUGGAAAAAAAUGUGCUGGAUGGUUACUGUACCAGCCGAAAGAUUGGUAUGAAGGUGAGUGGCUAGAAGGUCAUCGACAUGGUUUUGGAUUUAGACAGUACAGAAUGGGGGGCUGUUAUGAGGGAAGUUGGAUCAAAGGAGAAAAAUCUGGGAAGGGAAUGAUGCUAUAUUCAAACAAUAAUAUUUAUAAAGGUGGUUGGAAUAACGAAGUACCACACGGAUACGGGGAGUAUUACUGGAAUAGUUUCGUUAACAAAACUCUUGUGUAUCCGAUGACGCCAUGGUUUAAGGGUACGUGGAACAAGGGGUGCAGACAUGGUGCAGGGGUAAUGAAUUUUGGCAGUGAAAGCGGAGCCCGACUGGCCGGCAUCUGGCUUCACAACCUGAAACAUGGACCGGGCGUGAUGAUUUGCGGGAACGGACACGCAAUUCAGAAGGCGCCUCUUUUUCUUCACGACAAAGCCGUGCUGACGGACCCAGACGAAUCCGUUGAACCACCACUGAACCACCCGACUCCUGAAGAAGAGACGGAAAUAAACAAUAUCACUUUGCAACAACAAAAGCAAACUUUUCAUGAUGUCAGCACGGCCAAUUCUUAUCCAGAUAUCAUCAAGGAGAUAAACAAAAAAAUACCAAUGGAAAACAUUAAUCCAGAGAUAGUCGAAAGCAUAAAGGCGAAGCAGUCGAAAAGAAAAAUUCCUGAUAUAAACCAUGUUUUUAAUUGCAAUCAGAUAGAAACGCCAAUACAUGCCAGUCCUGAACAUGUCGAUUUAAAUCAUUUCAUAGACAGCGUCUUGCAAUUUUCCCUUGAAAAAGUUUAUAGUAGCGGUAGAUUAAGUUUUGAACCGCUUCAAAUGGACAACGUAAAAAACAGAACUUAUUCAGUGUUAAGAAUCAUCGAGCAAACCCAAAUUAAAAAUACAAUCACCCUUCAUCUGGUCAAGUUAAAGGAUUUAUAUGAGAGAUAUGCGUGUGUCGCCACAGAGGAGGAAGUCGAUUUUCCAAAAGUCAUGAUUAGGCUUUUUUUGUGGCAGCUUUAUCGAGACAUUGAACUUACAACGAACGGUUUGAGCCUUUUUGAAGUGGACUUUGGACUCGCUGAUAAUCCCCAGAGUUGCGUCGAAGCGGUCCACGAUCCGUUCGAGCCCAUUUAUUUUUGGCAAUUUAUUCAAAGUUUAGUUGGCACAUCUGUUUUACUCCACAAAAAAGGCUUACUACAAAUUGAACCCAAAGGAGCUCUGCUCUCCAGCAUAUUUAAGCACUUUAUAACUAAACAACUUUUGAACAAAAUGAACGGCACAAGAGAUAAACAUUCCUUAUGUUAUAUACCAUCCAAAAUAUUGAGGGGAGAUUCUACAGUCAAAAAUGCUUUCCCUAGUAGCAAUUCCGGAAAAGUCUUGGCCCAGCAUGGGUCAAGAUACUUUGGACAGAUUUUUGCUCAAGAAUUGUUCCAGAUUCUUGGCCAAGAUUAUUGGGCAAAACUUGAGCCAGACUGUGGCCAGAAUUUGACCAGAAAUCUGAGGCCAUCUAUUGCUUAA